UUUCUAUCAGAUUCCCAAUCUGCAAUCAAAUAAUGGUUUCGAAAAGCAAAAGGGUGACGGAUCUUGCACUCUCAUCCACCAUAGUAGUAGUGGUGUUACUGGUUGGUGUUGCAAGAUCAGAUUUAGCCAAAGACAGAGAAGAAUGUGCUGACAAACUAAUUGGGUUAGCUAGCUGUGUUCCGUACGUUGGUGGUGAAGCCAAAGCCCCCACCAUAGACUGCUGCAGUGGCCUCAAAGUGGUACUUGACAAGAGCAGGAAAUGCAUCUGCAUCCUCAUCAAAGAUCGUGACGACCCCAACCUCGGCAUAAAGAUCAAUGCCUCUCUUGCUAUCCAACUUCCAUCUGCUUGCCACGCACCUGCUAAUAUAUCUCAGUGCGUAGAUCUUUUGCAUUUGCCUCCCAACUCUCCCGAAGCCAAGGUGUUUGAAGGGUUCGAAAAAUCCACCAAAACAAACACUUCAGCAGUUUCCAGCGGUGAUGCUGAGAAGGGAUCAAGCUCAAGUGCUCAGCAAAAGAGUGGUGGUAUGUCCACAAACAGGUGGCUGGUGGUUGAGCUGGUUUGCUCUAUUUUACCGUUCGUCUUCAUCUUCGCUUGAUCAACGCUCGAGAAGAAUAUAUUGGUUGAUGCGUCUAUUUCAUUCUCAUUCAUAGUUAGCCAUAUCUUUUUCUCUUGUUUGCCAAUUCCUAUACUU